UUCAUGCUCAGCAGAUUGGAAGACGCCAUAUUGAGCGGUGCACAUACAAAUAAUUACCUCUGUAGGUACAUCGCUAGCUACAACAUCGCCUCGAACGCUUCUCGGGCCCGCAAAUUCUCAAAAAAAAUUAAUAUCUUCUUUUUGAAAACGGCAAUAAUUAUCGCUAUAUUGGCAGUGGUAGUGGCAGUGGCAACCUCCCCCCCGCGGACAGCAGUUCAUGUAGUGUAGUGUUUUUCCGUGUGUCUCUUUGCAAACAAGAAAAAAGAAAAUCUUUCAAAAUUGUCUAAAUUGUCUGUGUCUAGUGUCUACCCUUGAUUUGAAAAAUGAAUGAGUGAAAACCCCCCUCACGGUACAAAAAAAAAGAAAGAAAGAAAGAAAAACUGUUGCAAGUUUGCCUCCUUUAAAAAAGAAAAGCAAAAAACGGAAACCUGUCGUCGGGCUAUCACGGCCGUUUUCGAGGUGUGAAAAAUUAGUAUAGUUUUCUACAAACGAAUCCGUUUCUUUGUUUUCUUCUAUUUUCCAAAAAAUUUCGGGCGGUUGUUUGUGAAAUGAAACGGAUUCUCAAAAAAAAAGGUGCGAGAAUUGAAAAAUGAAUUACCACAAAAUUUGAGGUAGAUCCCGUUCGUCGGAAAACCACCCUCCCUUACCACCCCAACAACGCAGUGAAUAGUUUUUGAAACAUCUUGAGAAUAAGUUCCUUCAAAAAAAUUGUGUUUCUCUAUUCGGGUUUUUCAAGCACACGAUACACAAAAAAAAAUUAAUAGUAAAAAGUAGAAGAGAAUGAAGUGAAAGAAAAUAAUUAAAAUUACUGAAACUAGUUAAACAAAAAUUAAUUCUGUGAUAUUAACUAAAAAAAAAGAAAACAAUUAAAUAAAUUGUUAAUUAAUCUACAACAUAACAAAUUAAGAAAAAUAAUCCUGAUUGAAUUUAAAAAGGAGUACAUAAAGGAUUCAAAAGGAGAGCGAAGUUGUAAAAAGGAUAUUUUUAGCAUUCUGUCAUAGUUUGUGGAUUUUUAUAAGAGUUUAACAUGAACCGGUGUGAUGGCUAGUGGAAAGAUUGGAACGUUUGAAGUUCACUCAAGUGCUUCUUCGCUCACCAUCAGCUCCAGCAUCAGCAUCAGCACAAGGCUCACCAGCACCAGUACCAGUACCAGAAACGGCAACAACAUCAAAUAUAGUAAUCCUGUUUCAUAGACCCAGCAGCAAACACAAAUUCUGGCAACAGAACUCAGAUGUCCUGUACGGUUUCAGAGCUGCCAUCGGGGUGCCGUCUCCGUGGCAUGGGCUCUGCAUCACAAGCCACAAGUAAUGUUCAACUAACUGGAGGUAAUGGAAACGGUGGCGGAGGCGGUGGAGGAGGUAAUGGCGGUGGUGGUGGUGUCGGAAGUGGAGGCGGAAGUGGUGGCAACGGCAGCGGUAGCGGAAUCACCACAGUUGUUGCUCCCGGUGGCAUUCAUGUGGGCGGUGUGUUAACAACAACCAGUGUCCUGGGCACCGGCAAUAAUAAUGCACUCCAAGAGGCACCACUCCAAAGGCAGCAAUCCCAGAAGCCAUGCUGCUUCUGCUGGUGUUGCUGCUGUUCGUGUUCAUGGGCGAAAUGCUUAGCGAUUAAAAAUGCAGAAGACAAUGGACCAACAAAACGAGAUCCAGCGAGUUCGGAUCUACUUUUAGAUGGCGAACAACCAACGCUGGAGGAAAUACGAGGCUGGGGCAAAAGUUUCGAUAAAUUAAUGAAGAGCCCAGGCGGUCGCAAAGUAUUUCGUGACUUCCUUCGCUGCGAAUAUAGCGAAGAAAAUAUCCUUUUUUGGUUAGCCUGCGAAGAACUGAAAAAAGAAAGCAGUCCGGAAAUGGUAGAGACCAAAGCACGGUUAAUUUAUGAAGACUACAUUUCGAUAUUGUCACCGAAGGAAGUAUCAUUGGAUUCGCGAGUGAGAGAAAUCGUAAAUCGUAAUAUGGUUGAACCGACAACGCAAACGUUCGACGAAGCUCAAAUACAGAUUUAUACUUUAAUGCAUCGUGAUUCCUAUCCAAGGUUUAUAAACUCGCAGCUAUUUAAAUCACUUGCACAACUUCCUGAAGGUGUGUCAGCGUCCGGAUCUAUGGAAGAGAGCCCGAUGUAGGAAAAACCAAGCCCCGGAGACAAAGACAGUUCGAAAUAAUAAUAAUCAUUAACAAAAAAAAACACAAACACACAAAUAAACCAAAAACCAAACCAAAAAACCAACAAAAAUCUCUCUAAGUAGGAACUAAACAAAAAAAAACAACUAAGCUUACAUUAAUUAAAAUCCUAAAACAAAAAAUUAAAUUAAAAUUUAAAAUUAAAAAAAAAAACAAAA